AUGGCAAAAAAGUUAUUAGUACUGUCAGCUGCAGCUUAUUCAAAACAACCAGAGCUAUGCUUGAAAAGUCAUUUUGACGUGGUAGAGGUAGGUAAAAUACGUUUUUUUUGUCUUUUGUUUUCCAAUAUAUAUAAAACUAAAAAAAAUUUAAAAUUUAAAAUAAAAACAAAAUGUUUUUUAAAAGAUAGCUAUUAUUUAAAAGCAUUUAUUUAGAUGGUCAAUGAAGUCACAGUAGAUUGCGGCAGGAUAUUUGAUCAUGAUUGUUAUGCUUAUGUUGCUUUAUUACAUACGAAGAAAGCUAUAGCAAUCGGAUAUCGGUAAGUAAAACAAAUAGUAAUACGGCUGGCGCUAGGGUUCUAAAGUAGGGCUUUGUGUUUGGCCUAAACAUGACGAAUAGGCCGGGACUACCAACUUUAACCCAAAUAUCGGUUGAGCCAGCCUUGAAAAGCAAAUCUUGGCCCGACUCAAAACGUUCGGACCGUUUGCAUAAAAAAAACUUGAGCCAGAGCUUAGACCAAGCCAAGAUUGAAAAACAGGUCUGGCCCGUUCCGUGAGCUAGAGCUUUGAGCUAGGGCUCUGGGCUAGGGCUUUGGCCUAGGGCUUUGGCCUAGGGCUUUGGCCUAGGGGUUUGGCCUAGGGCUUUGAGUUAGGGCAUCGGGUCGUGGCACUAAGCUAACCUGCUUUAGAUUUCUAUUUUCAGUGGAUCAACAAGUGCAUUUCAACUUUUAUCACAAGCUUUAAGCCUUGCUAGGCAUAAAGUGCACUUUCUGGAUGGUAAAGGUAAAAUUAAUCAGUACUUUUACCGUGCGUAUCAAGCGAUCUGGGAUGAAAUGGAAGCCGGAGUAAUCGAAUCACUGAAAAAAUACCCGGACUACAAUAUUUGGAUUACCGGGCAUUCAUUGGGUGGAGCCUUGGCAUCGCUGACAUCUGUUUAUAUGAUCUACAAUGGCACUGUCAAGCUAAGUCAGACUGAAAACUACAGCUUUGGGUAGGUAAUUCAUAGAGUAGGGUAGGGUAGGGUAGGGUAGGGCAGGGUAGGGUAGGGUAGGGUAGGGUAGGGUAGGGUAGGGUAGGGUAGGGUAGGGUAGGGUAGGGUAGGGUAGGGUAGGGUAGGGUAGGGUAGGGUAGGGUAGGGUAGGGUAGGGUAGGGUACGGAAGGGUAGGGUAGGGUAGGGUAGGGUAGGGUACGGAAGGGUACGGUAGGGUAGGGUAGGGUAGGGUAGGGUAGGGUAGGGUAGGGUACGGAAGGGUAGGGUAGAGGGUAGGGUAGGGUAGGGUAGGGUAGGGUAGGGUAGGGUAGGGUAGGGUAGGGUAGGGUAGGGGUAAAAAAAGACGUUUAUAUUUAAUUUUAGCCAGCCCAGGGUAGGUGAUAAAGAAUCUGCGGACUACUUUCACCAACUGGUACCCAACUUCUACCGAGUAGCACACGCUAAAGACAUAGUUACAGUACUCUUCCCACGUCGGUUUGAUUACCGUCACUUUCCGACGGAAGUUUGGUAUGACAAUGACAUGACAGAAAACUCAUCGUACGUUCUGUGUAAGACUCUAACUGAUCCAGAAUGUUAUUCAGAAGAUCGUAACAAUGUAGAAGAUCAUAGCUACUACUUCAAUGUUCAUAUUGCUCGGUAUGGCAAGGCUGGUUGUCCUAUGUUAAACUUGAAUACUACUGAUGAUGAUGACUAUAGUAGUAGCACAGGGUCGAGCUUUGGGUACAAGAUUCAGAGUGUCUUUUUGACCAUGAUGGCUACUAUUGUCAACUGGUUGUUUUUACCGUAA